UAAAUAUUAUACAUAUAUUUAAAUAAGCAAUUUUAUUUCUUUUUUUCGCAGUGGUCAGUAAAUUGUCAAACUUCAUAUAUUCUAUUUUAGAAACUCAAAUUAAUACAUGAACAGACCACCAACCAAAAUGAAAUAAUAUCAAUUCCUUCGAGUUUCUACAGCUUUAAAAUUUCUAUUACUAAGAGAACGGUCGUCCUGGCUACAUUGUUUUAAUUUCCAUCCAAAUUAAAGCACUAAUGAAAAUACCUGUAUAUAUGAAUUACCAUGUAUAUAUGCAUGUGUAUACGUUUAGUGGGUAUUCCUGCUUAUUGAAGGAUUUCUUCACAUAUUGACCUAUAUCCUUUAAAAAUAAACAGCGGAAUGUCAAGGAUACCAAAAGGCAUAUAUCGGUCUUGCAGAGUAUGCAAGGCGCCUUUAAUUAUUUUUUUUUUUCUGUUUAUGUUUGCAUAUCAAACAAAUAUUUUCAUAUUUCAAUAUAUCAAGAGAUCGCCUUGAUUUUAUUGUUUCUUUAUAUUAAAAGAAGACAGGAAGGAUGCAAGCAACACAACAAGUGUCACAGGUGAAACGUACACGCUCUUACGUGGAGGAAGUAUUUCGACAAAUCGAGCAAAAACCUGAUAUUAUGGAUAUAAUUAUAUUAAAUAAAAAUGGCAAUCCCAUCAAGACGACAAUGGAAAAACAAAUCGCUAUUGAAUUUGCCGGUCUUUAUGAAAUCCUGAAGGAAAAAGUACAAUUGGGUUUGCAGAAGAUCGAUCCCGAUGACGAGCUGUUAAUGUUGCGUGUACGCACAAAAGCCAAUGAGGUGCUUAUAACGCCGGAUGGAAAAAUUACGGUAAUGGUAGUACAAAAUGCACAAGAUAGGAUACAAUUGUGAUUAUGUAAGCCGCAUAUUCA